ACUUGGAGACAGAUUAUGAUGCUGAAAAUAUGUCUCCAGAAAAUCCUAUUAAUAAUAGAAACUUUCUCAAACAGAGCAUAAAGCAAUUAAGUAUAAUUUUUGACCUGAAGGACUCUAGAACUAGUAAUGGACCCAGCUAUGCUACAUUCCAUGGACUACAGGAUUGUCAAGGUGAUGCUGAUCAAAAGGUUACUAACAAGGAAGAAAUGCCUGCUUUUACCAGCCAGACUCUUGCUCACAACAUAGAAAAGGCAUAUGAAUGUAAAGAGUGUGGGAAGUGCUUUGGUUGUAGGUCAACUCUUAUUCAACAUCAGAGUAGUCAUACUGGAGAGAAGCCCUAUGAAUGUAAGGAGUGUGGGAAGACCUUCAGACUCCCCCAACAUCUUACAAGACAUCAGAAGUCUCACAGUGCUGAGAGACCUUUCAAAUGUAAUGAAUGUGGAAAGGAUUUUCAUCUUCCUGCAUUGCUCAAGCACCAUAAAAUCAUUCAUACAGGUGAAAAACCAUUUGAAUGCGAAGAAUGUGGGAAGUCCUUCAACCGGGUCUCCAACCUUGUUGCACAUAGAAUUAGUCAUGCUGAUGUGAGACCAUAUGAAUGUAAUGAGUGUGGGAAAGCCUUUAAACAUCGAAAAGGCCUCAUGCAACAUGAGAAAAUUCAUUCUGAUGAGAGACCCUUUCAGUGUAAGGACUGUGGAAAGGGCUUCAUUGUUCUGGCAGAGCUCACUAGGCACCAGAACAUUCAUACUGGAGAAAAGGCAUUUGAAUGCCAUGAAUGUGGGAAGGCCUUCAGACUCCCCCAACAGCUUACAAGACAUCAGAAGUCUCACAGUGGUGAGAAACCUUUCAAAUGUAAUGAAUGUGGAAAGGCUUUUCAUCUUCCUUACCUACUCAAGCACCAUAAAGCCAUUCAUACAGGUGAAAAACCAUUUGAAUGCAGGGAAUGUGGGAAGUCCUUUAACCGGGUCUCCAACCUUGUUGAACAUAGGCUUAUUCAUGCUGAUGUGAAACCACACAAAUGUAAUGAGUGUGGGAAAGCCUUUAAACGACUCAAAAGCCUCAUUAAACAUCAGAAAAUUCAUUCUGGUGAGAGACCCUUUCAGUGCAAGGACUGUGGAAAGGCCUUCAUUGUUCUGACUCAUCUCACAAGGCAC